AUGACUUACCAAUUUGAGGUCUGCGCAUUGGCAUCUUUGAAGCUGGAUGGCCUUUGGUUGGGCGGCCCCGCCAGCAUGGCAUUUGCAGCUGCAGAAAAAGCAAUACCUUGUGCCAUGCAACUGCUGGGCUCGAAAAUCAUGCUGGCUGGUAGUGAUGUGCAUCGAGAACGGGCAAAGGAAUACUUGUCAUUUGUACAACAAUCGAGAAAAGAUAUCGAAGAAGUGCCUGGCCUGAGAGGAGGUGGCCGGCUCUCUGUCACUGAUGCUGACAUGCGGGAGGAUGUGCUUCCAGUGCUUCUGCCAGAGGAAGCCGCACGGUGUCUCAGCCUAGAGCGCAUUGCAGAAAUACAGCGAGCGACCAGAACGUUCCUGGUCUUUGAUACAGGCGGAGGCUCAGUCAUGGCCAGGGGGAUGCGGCGUCUGCUGGUUUGUGGUGGCACCGAAGUGAGACGAGCAGAAGCCGCUGCGCGAGCGCGAGAGCGCACGGUGCAAGGAAACCGACAUCUGGUCAACUCCCUGCAGGAGUCUGAAGUGGAGAACAUGCCUCCGUCGGAUCCCUGGGCGAAACUCCUCACCAUCCCGUGGCCGAAGAACAUCAAUGAAUGGGGCCGGCUACAAAGAACGCUUUGGUCUGGCCAUCCAAAGUUGAAAAAGGGCUGGAUUCGCUGCAUGUCCAGCAGUCAACGGCAGGAGUACUACGUCAGGGUUGCUGAUGGCAUCUCCACGUUCGAUCCUAACGAAGCUCUUGCUUGAUUGCAGCCUGCUUGCUCACAGUAGUUAUCCAUAUAUAUGUAUAUAGCAUUGUCCAGCAGCACUUCGGAUGCCGUGUGCAACCAAAGCUGUUCCAGGAAAAGUGCACGCGAGGUAUUUGCAGAAGUCGCUAAUCUUACGCUGGACAGUUGAAGUGGAUCCUGUUGUUUAUGCAAAGACACUGCUUGAUAACUCUUUUAGGACUGUCUGCAGCCUCCCACGAUUGUACAAAGACAUUUGAGUGCCUUCUCAGCUUGUCACGAUUCACGACAGUAUAUUUCGA